AUGUCCCGGGCCUUGGCCAAUUCCAAUGGGGGUAUGGGAUUGGCCAAUGGAAUCCGUGCCUGCUGUUCCUUCCCUGUCUUCUCUGAAUCACAGUCACCAGCAGCUAUGGAACUCCCGAACCCAUCUGAUCGCAAGGCCACUUUCGCGGCCUCGUAUAGCCAGACAAGUUUUGUCAACCUGCCACCUUCAGAUCCAGCCCCCAGAGUUGAUGAUGCUCACACUCCAGCAUUAGAACGGGAGAGCAUUCGCCGCGAAGAAGCCAUUCGCACCACGGCCCAGACACUUGGUAUCGAGACAUCCGUUUCCUCCUAUCGUGAUCUGGCGCUCUCCCUUAUCGAAGAUUGCCCUCUGAAGCAUGAUCUUGUUGCUUUCGUCGACAGGCCAAGACAGGCUCCUCAUGAGUCUCUGGAACUAGUUGACGCUUUCAUUGCCGACAACGAUAGAACUGAUUGGCAUACUCACUGUCCCGACGUGACCAAGAAGUGGAAAGCCUUUUGCAAAAAGAUUUCUUCAGUCUCCGACAAGGUAGCUGUCAACAGAAUGGCGGCACCCUCUGGACCCAUGAAAGCUAGAGCAACAUUCCUCUGGCACUACCCUACCGACACCUCUCCUAACCAAGUCUUCUCGCAUGUCAUGGACCCCGCAAGCCCUUCAUUGAAUGUGCAGAAGUUGAAGAAUGGUUUGAGAGGCGACGUGAAGACUAUCGACCUGAUCCCGAUCAGAGUCCUCUACAAGAAGACUGGCCCCGAAUGGGAAACAACCUAUCCAGAGUGGCCGGCCAUCGAAGAAGUUUGCGUCGACUUUACCCAAGACGCCAUCAAGGACGAUGAUUUUAUCUUUGCCAUUGGAGGCGAGGUUUUCCCAUAUCUGAAACGAAUGAUCAAAUCAUGGGGUCUCACAUUAGCGUGGCUAGAACUCGACGUCAGCACCAAGAUGUGGGAGAAAGCCCCUCGCAUCUACAUCGUCCGUGAUUCGAGCGAACAGAUCCGGAAGGUUAUUUUCUGGACAUUCCACGGUCAGUUCUCUUUUUCCAACAGGAAGGCAGCUGUUGGGGCUGUCUGGGAUUUGUUGUACAACGCGGGCUAUGAACUUGCUGGAGUGCCAAUCCUGAACUAUGGCUAUUUCGAGUGGAAGUCCAAUUUCAUUCGUCAACGCAAUUGGAGCAAUCUGCCUGAAAAGGUUGGACUCAUCGCCAAUCAUGAGAUGUACAAGAUUCUGAGAGAGAGAGAAGACGCUGAACAGAAGCCAUGUACCAUUGACUUAGUGCAACAGUGCUUCCCGUCGCUCUUUGAUAAGACCUCGGGACUUCUCGAAGAGGUCAACACAGCGGUUCAUCAGAAUGGUUAUAGUCCCUUAGAACCCAUCAUGCGUAUUUUUAUACGCAGACAGGCGGAAUCAUUUGCUACUAACAAAGACGCCAAGAGAAAAACCACACCUCCUCCCGCCCCGGAGCCCAAGAAGCCCAAAGUGACAAUGACCGAUAAGUUCCAGGCUUAUAUUGAAUCAGAUACCCUUUCUGCCGCCCAGAAGAAAGGAAACGAUACCAAGAAAGCAAUCGUCAGAGCCAAGUACGAAGCCUUCGUUGGAUCAUUCGAGGUUCAACAAGCUGAGGCCAAUCGACUUAACCCAAACAAGUCGACUGAGCAUUCUCGCGCCCUCCCAAGAAUCGACCAAAUCAAAUCUGAAUGGCAGACUGCUGUUGAAAGCGGUCUGUACAAGAAGGUCGGUACUUCACUUGGGAAAUGGUGUGUCUGGUAUAGCAAAGACUACCCUGGUGGACUCCGACACUCCAUGGAUAACGGCCCUACUGUUUUACAGCCUGGAGCCUUUGAUGGCAGACUUCACCCUGCUAUCGGUAUUUUCAACAAGUCGCACUUUAGAAACCCCAAGGAGAGGCUGGCUGCAGCUGGGCCCGAUGAGGAGGAUGAAUAUGACAACUGA